GACUGGGACAGUAAUUGCUUUAUUCUCUUGAAAUCCAUCCUUGGCGUUUAUUGGAGUGGGCACACAGCGUAGAUCCUCUCCUCGCUCAGUAACAAAUACACAAUCCCUUUCUGUAUUUCUCAAUUCUCAGAUAGCAUGGCAGACAAGCCAAGCAGGGCGCUAGUAUUGUACGGAGAUGGGCUGGCCCGAUUUGUCAGCCCGACCCACACCCACUUACAUUCCUUUGCUACUCGGGCCUGCUGCGGCUUCCUUGCCCUCCCUAACUCGCCUCCAUCCGAUUGCAGAAAAUGAGGAUGUAAGAAUAUUUAGGGAAUUUUCUGAGCUUCUAGAUGCAAGUGAAGCGUAUGAAAACAUGGUUGCUAGAGAAUUUGUUGGGGAUAAAUCUCAAGAGAUGCAUGUAGUGCCAACUGUACCAGAAAGGUUUAAUGGAAUGAAAGCAGCUAUAAUCACUAAUAACUCUAGUUUGAAUUCUUUGGGAAGUAGACUUGGUUUGAACGUGUUGCAUUGGAAUAAGUUAAAUUUGUCACUUCUAGCAACUGAAUUGCUGAAAUUGCUCGGCUUUCAAGAAGGAAAGACUUUAGAGACCAACCAGUUUGAUCUCAUCUUUGUUCAUGUUGGAGCUGAUGAAAAAAUAAAUGAUCUCAAAGACAUAGAAUUUAUUACCCAUUUAGUCGGUGAGCUGAUGCACAUGGCACAACCGGAAUCUGAUAUUGGCUCUCGGUUGCACAUGUCUAUUAUAAUGAGCUAUGGGGCUACUCUAGACGAUGACAAUUCAAUCUUUGUAGUUUCUGAUGCUAAACUCAAGAUUAACAAUGAACUUUCACUGCUUUUCCCUCGUCAAAGUUACACAAUGAAAGGGGGGAAGCCAAACAAGAACAUUAGGCACUACAGUCCAAUGCUAGUUGGACAGUGGCAGAAUGCUGUUACACGCAAGGAUAUGGUUGAGGAAUUUUCUUUUAGAGAUUUUAUUGAGCAUGGUGGAAAUCUUGUUAUACCUGCUGAUAGAUUUUUGCAUGAAGUGGCUUUUAAGCUCUGGAAGGCGCCGAAAUAUGGUGCAUGAAGUUAAAUUAUUUGGGAACUUGGGAUGAUGAUGAUGAUGAGAACUAAUGCUAUUGAAUAAGCUGGAGAGAAAUAAAAUUUCUGAUUAUAUGGAUUUAGUUGUUUAACUUGUGAUAAUGUUUUUUUCAUGUCAAGUUUGUUGAAUAAUAUUAUUGGCAGAAAUUUUAUGUAACUUUCUGCUGUUAGUUAAAUAUAAUUUACGUAGAGCAAUUUUA